AUGGCCGGUCGUACCACCCAGCCUGAAUCCGCCAGACGUGGGUCUGAGGAGUGCCUUGCUAUGUUGCCAGCGCUUGUCCGCGUCCAGGGCGGCCGUGCAGUGCCAGAGCAGAUCGCUGUGGAGCAGUGUUCUAAUUUUAUCUCAAAGGUCAUGGUGGAGCUGUGGAGCCGUCUUCUGGUACUUCGUUCUCAGAUGGAAGUAGUUAUUUCAUCUAGCACGGACCCCGUCAUGCUACACUUUCGCUCGUGUUGCACAGGCGGGCUCGAUCGGCUGCGAUUGUUCAGUGCGAUUGUUCAGUGCGAUUGUUCGUCGCGUCAUCGUGGUACUCUGUUUCAACAUUUUUUUUCGGGGGCUGCGCGCGCUUAUUUUCGUUGCGAUUGCCUGGCGUCGUCGCGUUUCUGA